UUAAUUUUAAAAAUGGCGGCGCAAGGUAUACCAUCUAAAAUGAAGGAAUUACGUUUACCUAUAUCAAGAGUAAAAACCAUAAUGAAAAGUUCACCUUAUGUCGAUACAGUCGGGCAAGACGGACUGUAUUUAGUUACGAAAGCUACAGAAUUGUUUAUUCACUAUCUGACAGAAGAAGCUCAUAUGCAAAAUAAUAAAGGGAAUAAUUUAGAUUACAAGCAUUUAGCAGAAGUUGUACAAACAAAUGAUACAUUGGAAUUUUUACGGGAAAUAAUGCCACGAAAAAUUACAGUAAGGCAAUUCAAGGAGAUGAUGGCAUCUAAAUCAUCGAAUAGUAGUUCUUCUGAAAGUAGCUCAGACUCAGAUAGUGAUAGCGAAUCUGAUACUGACUCUUGUUCUAAUAGCGACAAUAAGGAAGAUAAUGAAAACUCAUCUGGUAGUGAACAUGAAACAGAAACACAAGAAAAUGGUAAAUGUAGUUUCAGUGAUAAAAGUGAGGCUAGUGUUAAAAGUGACAGCGAAGAGGAAUCUAAGAGGUAGAAAUAAACAAAUAGAAUAAAAUUCUAUUAUAUUCAUAGGUUAUGCUUAAUAAGUAUUUUAGAAAAUAUUUAGUCUACAAUUUUAUUUUUAAGAUAUUUUAUUGAAGACAUCAAAUUAUGUCU